GCAUUAAGAAAUUAGGGAUUGGAAAAGAUUGAUGGAAGUGGGGAAUCCUUUAGUUUGAAAGGGAAACAGUACAGAUGACAUAAGCAUUGUCCACUGGACCACUAAUGGUCGGGAGGAGAAUGAAGAUAAGAAAUGCAGAAACAUAUAAACGAAAACUUACACUUUCAUCCUCUCACAACUUCCUCGGCAUUUGUUCAUCUUGGAAAAUGGAAUCUAAGAAGGAUCAAUGAGUUGUUACCAUUCCCAGAGCUUCAGUAGCUUCAGGGCUAGAUAAAGAAUCAGCAAUCCUGUCCAUUUUAUAGUUCAGUAUCAUCGCUACUAAUUUAGGAAUCUGGGUUAGCAAUGAUCUUUCAAGGAGAACAAAUUGAAUCAUUGAAGGAGAAAAAAGGAGAAGAUGAAUCAGUUGAAGAAGAAGAAGAAGAAGAAGAAGCAACAGACCAACCUGAAGGUGUAGGAGCUUUGGAGUGGCUGAACUUGAGCCUGGGUAGGAACAAACAGCUUUUAACUGAGUCACAAAGCUCUGCAGGUUCAGCCAAGACCUUUUCAUGCAACUUCUGUAAGAGAGUAUUCUACAGCUCACAGGCAUUGGGAGGCCAUCAAAAUGCCCACAAGAGGGAGAGGAGUGCAGCCAGAAGGCACCAAGCCCAGAGAAUGAUGACUCUGCUUGGUCUGCCAAUACAUAAUUCUAUGGUUAGAUCACUUGGUGUUCAACCACAUUCACUGGUGCACAAAACAAGCAGGGAAGAUACUGCAAUAGUAGCAAGAUUUAAUCAUGUAAAAAGUGGUUCAUGGGCACCUUUCAUGCUGGGGGAUGCCAUGGACUUGAGGUGGCCAGGAAGCUUCCGCUUCACUCAACAUCAAGUUCUCCCAGAGUCACCACCACUACGAGAACCGCAAAUGGAACCAUUCAAGCUCGACCUGAAUCUCCGACUUUAAUUCUUGUAUCUGUCUGUCAAGAACUCUGGAGUCAUCUUCUUCAUUCUGAUUGUGUCGUCAUAUAUCAAGUACAUGACUAACCUUAGGGGAAGUGCUUAGAAUCCUAUGUAAAACCAGGAAGAAGCAGCAUUAAUGUUAUAUCUCUUCUGCUUAUGGAAACACAAGAGGCCUGAUUUGUUUCA